UUGGGGGCAGCUCAAGCUGGGUGGGCAGAGCGGGGCUGGGUCCCCAGCAGAGACCCCCAGAGGGACAGGCAGGUGGACCCGGUGAUCUCCUGCCUCCUGGGUCGGUGCCCUCUCCAGCUCUAGAGCCGGCUCCCAGGGAGAACUCGGUGGAACUUCAGAACCACUGGGCAGCUCUGCCUUCCGACCGAUGGCCCUGUCCCUGGGAGCCGAGAUGUGGGGGCCCGAGGCCCUGCUGCUACUGCUGCUGCUGGCAUCAUUUACAGGCCGGUGCCGGCCAGGCGAGCUGGAGACCUCGGACCUGGUGACCGUGGUGCUGGGCCAGGACGCCAAGCUGCCCUGCUUCUACCGAGGCGACCCCGGCGAGCAGGUGGGGCAGGUGGCGUGGGCGCGGGUGGACGCGGGCGAGGGCCCCCGGGAGCUGGCGCUGCUGCACUUCCAAUACGGGCUGCACGUGAGCGCGGCCUACGAGGGCCGCGUGGAGCAGCCGCCCCCCCCACGGAGCCCCCUGGACGGCGCGGUGCUCCUGCGCAACGCGGUGCAGGCGGACGAGGGCGAGUACGAGUGCCGCGUCAGCACCUUCCCCGCCGGCAGCUUCCAGGCGCGGCUGCGGCUCCGCGUGCUGGUGCCUCCCCUGCCCUCACUGAACCCCGGGCCAGCGCUAGAAGAGGGCCAGGGCCUGACGCUGGCAGCCUCCUGCACGGCAGAGGGCAGCCCAGCCCCCAGCGUGACCUGGGACACGGAGGUCAAGGGCACAGCGUCCAGCCGCUCCUUCAAGCACUCCCGCUCAGCUGCUGUCACUUCAGAGUUCCACCUGGUGCCAAGCCGCAGCAUGAAUGGGCAGCCCCUCACCUGCGUGGUGUCCCACCCUGGCCUGCUCCAGGACCAGAGGAUCACCCACAUCCUCCAAGUGGCCUUCCUCGCUGAGGCCUCUGUGAGGGGCCUUGAAGACCAAAAGCUGUGGCAGGUUGGCAGAGAAGGAGCUACACUCAAGUGCCUGAGUGAAGGGCACCCCCCUCCCUCGUACAACUGGACACGGUUGGACGGGCCUCUGCCCAGUGGGGUCCGAGCGGAAGGGGACACGCUGGGCUUUCCUCCGCUGACCACAGAGCACAGUGGCAUCUAUGUCUGCCACGUCAGCAAUGAGCUCUCCUCCAGGGACUCUCAGGUCACUGUGGAUGUUCUUGCAGACCCUCAGGAUGCCCCAGGGAAGCAGGUGGACCUGGUGUCAGCCUCUGUGGUGGUGGUGGGUGUGAUCGCUGCGCUCCUGUUCUGCCUUCUCGUGGUGGUGGUGGUGCUCAUGUCCCGUUACCACCGGCGCAAGGCUCAGCAGAUGACCCAGAAAUAUGAGGAGGAGCUGACCCUGACCAGGGAGAACUCCAUCCGGAGGCUGCAUUCCCAUCACGCGGACCCCAGGAGCCAGCCGGAGGAGAGUGUAGGGCUGAGAGCCGAGGGCCACCCUGAUAGUCUCAAGGACAACAGUAGCUGCUCUGUGAUGAGUGAAGAGCCGGAGGGCCGCAGUUACUCCACGCUGACCACGGUGAGGGAGAUUGAAACACAGACGGAACUGCUGUCUCCAGGCUCUGGGCGGGCAGAGGAGGAGGAGGAUCGGGAUGAAGGCAUCAAACAGGCCAUGAACCAUUUUGUUCAAGAGAAUGGGACCCUGCGGGCCAAACCCACGGGCAAUGGCAUCUACAUCAAUGGGCGGGGGCAUCUGGUCUGACCCAGGCCUGCCUCCCUCCCCGAACCCGGCUCUUUCUGCUGACCUGGGGGAUUUCUACUCAUCACACGGAGGCCUCCCUACACACCUUAUUUCUUGAGGAAGAUGCUCCCCAUCCCACUGACUGCUCGACCUUUUCCUCCAACCCUUCUGUUUGACAGUGGGGGGCUCUGCCGGUUGAGUCCUCCCCACCCCCUUCGUGUGUGUGUGUGUGUGUGUGUGCGCGCGCGCUUGUGCUUGUGUGUGUUUACAGACAGUGUGUGUGUGUGUGUGUGUGUGUGUGCGCGUCAGAGUCCAAGUGAACUGUGAUGGGCUUGGCUUGUGUAUGGCGUGGCUGUGUGACCUCUACCUGGAAGCGCAGGUUAUCUCCUCAGACCCCAGAGCAGUAUUAAUGACGCAAAGUUGGAGGCGAGAGGCGGAGACUGUGGGUCAGACCCAGGUGUGCAGGCAUAGCUGGAACUGGAUUCUGGCCUCCUGAGUUGGGGAGCCGGGCUCCCGCCACUUGGCAGCCGAGGGGCGAACGCUGAAGCAGCCAGCCCAGGGGUUGGCCAGAGACUAGCGCCCUUACUGGAGAAGCCCUUGGCACUCUGGUGGCCUCUGGUGGCCUCUGGUGUUCUCUGGGCCUGCUGCAUGUGCAUAUUUUCUAUAAGUAAAUCUGCUGGGGGAGUUUCUUUUAAGGAAUACUGCUCCGAAUACUUUAAUAAGAGAAACAGAUCUUUAAAAAAAAAAAACAAAACUUUUGAUUUAUCUGGAUGUUUGUUAUUACUUGGCUUGCUUAGCGUGAGGCCAGCCUCCACGGAAAGUCAGCAAAGCUAGGCCUUGUGCAGACCCCGGCAGGGGGUUCAUGCCUGUGCCUCGGAAAGGUGCCCCUUCUAAGGCACUUGAAUUUAGGCAGCCUCCUGGGAGGGAGCCUGGCACUGUGGAGUCUGAGUCGGGGCGUGAGCCCCUGGGUCCCUGGCUGCAGGAGGACAGGGUGGGGUCCUGGGCCCUUCCCCUAGCCGCCUCUCUGCUCCUCGCUGCAUCGGCAGUUGUCUGUGGUCCCUUGGGGGGGGAGGUUGCGGGGACUGGGUGACAAGGGCUCCUGGUUUGGUUGUGGUGUAGGGGAGACGGGGUAGUGA